CUUGCGUGGAGGAGAAGAAGGGAGACGCGCAUCGUGGCCGCGGCAUUGCAUGGACUCUCCUGCCGUCAAUCGGCUCUUUCGCCAGUUGGCCUCGCAUCACUUCUGUCGCAGCCAUGCUGUCAAGCCCCGCCUGCUCACCGCGGUGCGACAAUGCCGCCGCAAAACCACGAGAGCGCGACCACACCACCAAGCACCGCCGACGAAGACGACGCUAGAGAGCUCAUGGCAGCAGCGUACCUCCUUCUUCCCCGCCGACAAGGCGGAGGAAUUCAAGAAAUACCCCUUCGUCACCUCCGACAGCCUGCGAUCGCGCAGAGAGCGGCCGCGGCGGGUCAAGAUGCUCAUGCGAGACUUCAUCGAGGACAGCCUGUACAAUCCCAACUACGGCUACUUCAGCAAGCACGUCACCAUCUUCUCCAACGAGCACCCCUUCGACUUUCCCUCCAUCAAAGACGAGCCGGACUUCUAUCGCCAGCUGAGCCAGCGCUACGCCGAGUUCGAGGACAAGCUCGACGAAGAUGCGUACGACGAGGCGCGUCAGUUGUGGCACACACCCACCGAGCUCUUCAAGCCAUACUACGGUGAAGCCAUUGCACGAUACAUGGUCGCCAACUACAAGCUGAGCCUCUACCCCUACCACGACCUCGUCAUCUACGAGCUCGGCGCGGGCAAUGGCACGCUAAUGCUCAACAUCCUCGACUACAUCCGCCACACCGAUUCCGAGGUGUACGCGCGAACCAAAUACUGCAUCAUUGAAGUGUCGUCGGCCCUGGCGCAGCUGCAAGCCCGGAACCUCGCCGCCACCGCCGCAAGCAGGGGCCACGCGGGCAAGGUGGAAAUCAUUAACAAGUCCAUCUUCGACUGGAACACCUACGUCUCCACCCCGUGCUUCUUCUUGGCCCUCGAGGUCUUCGACAACUUCGCGCACGACAUCAUGCGCUACGACCCCGCCACUUCGACCCCCAUGCAAGGCUCCGUCCUCAUCGACGCCGAAGGGGAUUUCUACGAGUUCUACACCCGCUCCGUGGAUCCCGUGGCCGCGCGCUUCCUGCGCGUGCGCGACGCGGCCUGCCAAGAUCGCAACUAUGCCCAUCCUCUGCGAAGCUCGAGCAAGCUCUGGCGCUCCCUCCGCCACAGCCUGCCCUUCGCCCCGAACCUGACCCUGCCGGAAUACAUCCCUACGCGCCUCAUGCAGUUCUUCUCCAUCCUUGGCACCCGUUUCCCCGCACAUCGUCUCGUCACCUCUGACUUCCACACGCUGCCGGAUGCCACGCCUGGAUUCAACUCUCCAGUGGUACAGACGCGCUUCAAUCGCCGCACCAUCCCCGUCACCACUCCGCUAGUGCACCAGGGCUUCUUCGACAUCUUGUUCCCUACUGACUUUGGCGUGAUGGAGGACAUGUAUCGUGCCAUCACUGGGCGGCUGACGAGGGUGAUGACGCAGGAGGACUUCUUCCGUCGCUGGGCGUACAUGGAGGACACACAGAUGCGGAGUGGAGAGAAUGCGCUGUUGGAUUGGUACAAGAACGCGAGCGUCAUGGUGACGGUGUAGGCUGGGCCAGCUUGAUAGA